AUGUCAGAUCUGGAUAUGAAUGGGCUAGCCCCUUCAAUCUACGUUUUAGGCCCCGACCACCAAGGCAACGAUUGGUAUGUCAAAAAUAUGCCGCGCUGGACCACAUCGAUGCAAGCCUAUUCAGCGGUUCUGAACCUCUCCUCAGUCGACUUUCGGAAACUUAAACGGGAGAUUACUUCGUUGCCGUUUGACCAGCAUAGCAUAAAAAGUGACCAGGACAAGCAGCGCUGGCAGGAAUGGGCUUCAGAGUUCUGUGAUACUCGUUUCGACGUGGCAAGCCUCGACGGGCAUCGCAAGAAAUGGUUGAUUCAAGCUAUCGUGUGGCUUAAACGUACGGAUAAUAGAUGUUCCAAAAGGAGAAAGGGAGUCAAGAACCGUGCAGCCCUAUCAGCCCCGAGCGAAGGGGAUGGCGCUCGUCCGCAAGUGAUGUGUCCCAACAGCUCAGGGGAUCCCAUUGAGAAGAAUCUUGUCGUCAGGUUUCUCAAAACUACCAAUGAGAUCGAGGAAGCACUACCGUGGUUUAACCUUCCGGACUUGAAAAUCCCCCAAAAAUCGUUGGGUCCUGCGUUCGUGAACUCAAUCGGGCCUACCCAGCAACCUGACAUCCACCAAGGACUCGUUCUGACACAAAUAGUGAAGCAACUUUACGAUGCCGAGGUUUCAGUCCACCCCUGGAAUGGUUUUCGCGAAGAUUUCGUGGGGCCGGAGGAGUCACAAAAAAUGAAAUCGAUGCUUUUAGACGACGAACAAAAUCUUCGCAGUACAAUCAUCGUGUUAAGUUGUGACGCUGCUAUAUGCGUUGAGUCAGGCAUGGACUUGCUAUAUUCCCGACUGGAACGAUUGCGGUCUUGUUACGGAGCUCGUGUGUGCGCCUUCCCUAGGCAGACUGAAGCUUUGCGAGCAAGAGCGAAGAUUAGAGACCUUCAAGCUCUAGACGAGUUAGCUCAUACUUACAAAUCUUGGCACCCUAUCACCUGCUACCCCGUGACGAAGUGCAGUCUUGAGGAUGCAGAGACAACCGUACAUAAGCACCAAGAAAGCUCUGGCGGCGAAUGUGUGCAGAUUAAGCAUAGGGGUGACAAUGGUAAAUUAACUUGCAUGAAGAAAGACAUUCCAGAACGAAAGAAACGCAAGAUGCAUGCAGAGGCCACGGAAGCCAAGCCCCUGUGGUUCCAUCAGGAGUUUAUCUCUACGUUUACAGACUGGGGUGAGUUUCGCGUCUUUAUCGUAACGAAACAAGAGCCUCACAGCCGCCGAGGUCUUGGGGGCAUGAUUGUGGCAAUUGCACAUACUGUAAACAGUACCACAGAUGAUGAUACGAUGCAUGUUGACCAGGCGACAAAUGCCACAUUUACUAGGAUUGGCUCUGGGCUUUGUCUCGAGGACUUGAAACACUUUGCGAUGAAAACUUUCAAUGGUCUUCGUGCACGAGACGACUGGAAGCAAACUUUUGAGUCGUUGGAGGUUGGCGUCCGUCUUGACGUUGCAAUCUCACCAAACUUCCCUAGAUCUUUCUUUGUGAACGAGAUUACUCGUUGGUAUUCAGCGGCUUUCUUUUCAGACGACAUUAUUGAUGUUUUUGGUGCUCUAAUUGGUUGA